AUGAAAUCGGCAAUCAUUUCAAUUCUUAUUUUGUGCUUGAUUCAAAUCAUCUUGGCAAUCCCAUAUUUUGCAGGUAAGUGUGUGUAGUUCUCGAGGACAACUUUCCUGAGAACCAGCUAAAAAUAUAUCAAAUCACAAAUCUGAAAUAAAUUUUCAGACAAGGAAAAACGUGGUGUGGAUGAUGCUGAUUGGCAAUCACUUGGUUGGGCGUGGGGAAAACGAAGUGUUCCCAUGAACUCUUAUUAUCUUCCAAAUCGACAACAAAGAUCAGCGCAUCCGGUCAAGAAAAAUCCAGAAUGGGAAGAUCUUUCAUGGACGUGGGGUCGAAAAUAA